ACUACUACUACUACUCACUCAUCGCCCCGACAUCGUAAAUAAAGCAUGUCGUAAUUUAUUUGCUCCUUUGCAGGCGUAAUAAUGCCCCAAACAUCGUAAUCUUAAAGUGAUAUUGUUAAAUAAACGACAGACACUAGUGAAAACAUGGCGGCGAGUGAAACGAGCAACGAGAACGCCCUCCAGGGUCAGGUUAGGAGGGCGCUCUUCACCCCCCAGGAGAUAGACCAGAUCGCUAGGUACCUCGUCGGUAACCAGACCAGAGUGAGGGAGAAUGUCAUCAUUCCGAGGAGUUUCGUCCCCACCGUUAUCAAGUCUAAAGAAGAGAAGACCGUCGAGGCCAUAUUUGAAAGCUGCCCGUUCAAGGCAGUUCUCUCAUUGGUUGCCGGUUUUGUCCUUGGUGGAGGCAUUGGUCUGUUCACCUCUGGCAUCACACCUCCAAAUCCUGAGCUGCCACCUCAGACAGCAAGAGAGGUGUUGAGGGAAAUGAAAGUAUCAACUCUGUCGUAUGCCAAAAACUUUGCUGCAAUCGGUUUCAUGUUUUCUGGUGUUGAAUGCGGCAUUGAAACAUAUCGAGGGACUACCGACUGGAAGAACGGUACUUACGCUGGAGGAAUAACUGGUGGUGUUUUGGGUUUAAGAGCGGGACUCAAGGCUGGUGUACUUGGGGCAGCUGGAUUUGCAGUGUUCUCUUUUGCAAUUGAUUAUUACUUUAGACAUUAAUUGCUCUGUUUCUUUCUAUGUAAGUUGUCAGAUACCUGUACUGUUUAAAUUGUAAAUAGCAAUUUUUUCAGUGUAUUUAGUAUAUUUUAGUUUUUAACUUUAUGUUAAAAAGAAAUGUAAUGUUGCUUAAUAAAAUUAUUGUUAUUGAUA